AUGAGUUUCAAGUCAAAGAUCCCUUUGUUUUUCUUGUUCAUUUCUGUUCUCCUUACUUCAACUUUAGCCAUCCAACUUCCCAACCACCACCAAGACGCACGACAUGAGCUGAUGAAAUGCAUGGAGCAUUGCCAGACACGGCAAGACGGCCGUGAGAAGCGCGAGUGUAUUCAAGAGUGUCACCAUGGUUAUAAGGAGAGGCAACAGGAGGAGGAGGAGAGAGCGCGAUGGGGUGGUGGUUAUGAUGAGGAGUUGCUUGGAGCAAUGAUCAACCCUAGUGAUCAUGAUUCUAAGGAGGACUUAGAGAAGUGCCAGCUUGACUGCUUGAGUGAAGCGAAGCGUGGCGUGGUUAAGGAGUUGGAGUGUGUAAAGAAGUGUGUUGAGGAGCAUAAGGAGGACAGAGGUAGACAUUUAUUUGAUAAGUAUGACUUGUUAGAGGACAAGUCUGAUGAGGUUGAGAUGAAGUGCCAGCUUGAUUGCUUGAGUGAAGCGAAGCGUGGUGUAGAGAAAGAGUUGGAGUGUGUGAAGAAGUGUGUUAAGGAGCACAAGGAGGAAAAACGGAAGCGUAGAGAAAGACAAAGAGGCGGACACUCUGAUGACAAGGGUAGCGAGUUUGAGAGGUGCCAACUCCAUUGUGUGAGUGGUGCCAAGCAUACAUAUAAAGAGGUGUACGAGUGUGAGAAGAAGUGUUACGAUGAUUAUUUUAAGGAUCCAGAGAUGAGUUUGGAGAUGCAAAGAGGUAGGCAAUCUGUUAAUAAAGAUGAAAACAACAACAAUGACCACUCAGACGACGAGCACGAGUUUAAGAAGUGCUUGAUCGAUUGUGGGAUGGGUGCCAAGCAUACAAUCGUCGAGGUCUACAAGUGCGAGAUGGAGUGUGUUAAGGAUUAUCAAGACGAGCAAAAGAGGCAUAGGGAGAGUCCAUCAGGUAGGCAAUAUGUUGAUAAAGAUGACACCAUCAAUGACGACCACUCAGACGACAAGCACGAGCUAAAGAAGUGCUUGAUCGAUUGCGCGUUGGGUGCCAAGCAUACCGUAGAGAAGGUGUGGGGGUGUGAAAUGAAAUGUAUGAAGGACCACCCGGAGAAGCGAGAUGUAGUAGUGGUAAACCAGCAGGAUCAUAAGAAGUGUCAACGACAAUGUUGGAGGAAAAGCCCAGGUGGUAAUAGUAGUGUGGAGUAUGAGUGUACGACAGUGUGCCGCCAGGAUGACGGAAUUAACCACGGUGUCAAUGUGGUGAAGGAAGCCAAGAACACACUUAUCGAAUGCCUGAACAAGUGCCAAAGCCAAGGAGAAGGACAUGGAUGCCAACAAAGAUGCCAAAAGGAGUACCAAAGGAGGCACCCUGUAUUAGGUUCGAUCAUAGAACUAACUGCUGGACUGUUUUAA